AUGUUUGUGGUACCAAUGAUGUGGUUUCAUACUCUCUUCAUUUCUAAGCUUUUUCCAAAGUACAAGGAAUAUUUAUCUUGGUCAAACUUGUCGCUACGACUCUCUCUUGCAGCAGUACUUAACCUAGCAAUAUCUGCGUUAGUUUUCCAGACUUCAAAUAUUGGAUAUUUCGAAAAGUUCCUAUGCUAUGCAAAAGAAUGUAUAAAAUUAAGAAAGAUGUAUGAACUUUGGCCACCUCAUCGUCAUGCAGUCUUAUACCUCAUCUAUUCUGCUUUAGUUCAUUGCGCUAUCAGAUAUUGUCUACAUGUCACGGAGGAUGGCAAAAAGAACGAACUUCGACCUUUUUAUCGGAAAUAUCUCCACUCAGUUCUACUUUCCACUCUCAUCUUUAUGCUAACAUUACAUGUACAACGAAUCAAUGAGCUUCAUUUUGCCAUCAUUGUCCUCAAUUAUGUGCACACAUUGGUUGCUGGCGCUGUUGUUACCUUUAUAUGUAGUUAG